AUGGCGCUGUCCCGAAUGAUCGCUGUGCCUCGUCAGAAUGGCGCUGUGCCUCGUCAGAAUGUCGCUGUCCCAAAUGAUCGCUGUGCCUCGUCAGAAUGUCCAGGUAACGCCAUAGAGAAGAUCAUAGAGGACCAGAAGGUGUUUGAGAAGGAGAACCGGUUCAUGCAGGAGGAGGUGAUGACGUCGGACUCCACCAGUCCAGGUCUCCUAUCCGACACGUCCUGGAGACUCCCGGCCAGCAGCCACAUCCUGAUGAGGGCCAGCCAGGUGUCCCAGGACCUGGACAGAGGGAACCAGAGUUACCUCCGUCUGUCUCUGGGGACCUUCUUCCAGCAGCGCUCUGAGGCCCUGGGCUGUCUAGGGGACGACAGGGAGGACGAUACAGUCAAACGGCCGUCGUUUGGUUACGUCAUCACCUCUCCAGAGAAGAGGGAACCAUUUCCUCUGAUUCAACCAUCAGACUUCCUGUCUCAGGACAGCUCGGUCCGCAGCGACACCGACCACGACCGCACCAUGAACACAGCCAGACCCUUCCCUCAGCCUCCCCUCUCCCUGAGGCCCUGCUCUCCCCAGCCAGACCCUUCCCUCAGCCUCCCCCUCCCUGAGGCCCUGCUCUCCCCCAGCCAGACCCUUCCCUCAGCCUCCCCCGGCAGCCUGGACCCCAGCCCCAGCAGCGGCACAGACCAGUCUAACCUCGUGUUGUCUAUCAGCACCAUUGCCUCGGCCAUCGCAGAUGCCUCCAUCUCCUCGGAGCCCUCCCAGCUGGCGGCCAUGAUCAUGGAGCUUUCAAAGAGGAGUCGGAUCCAGAGGCAACGCCAGAAAGGUCUGCCGCGUCCAGCCCCAGCCUCUGUCCUGGAAGAACAAACUCCCAGCCCUAACCGGGUUGAACUGGACCAGCCCAGUCCUAACCGGGUUCAACUGGACCAACGGGGGGACCUGCUGGAGGCUCUACAGAGGAGCCAGUGUGCCGGGGACCUGCUGGAGGCUCUACAGAGGAGCCAGUGUGCCGGGGACCUGCUGGAGGCUCUACAGAGGAGCCAGUGUGCCGGGGACCUGCUGGAGGCUCUACAGAGGAGCCAGUGUGCCGGGGACCUGCUGGAGGCUCUACAGAGGAGCCAGUGUGCCGGGGACCUGCUGGAGGCUCUACAGAGGAGCCAGUGUGCCGGGGACCUGCUGGAGGCUCUACAGAGGAGCCAGUGUGCCGGGGACCUGCUGGAGGCCUUCGACAUUGAAAAGUACCUGAAACAGACGGAGGUAUCCACCAGCAGCGACAGCGACCAGUCAGGCACCUCCCACUACACCUUUGACUUCCUCAGCUGGGCCGACAGCCUCAACUCCUCCCACAGGAAGUCCCAGGCAGCGUCACUUGUUGUUACUGUGGAGAACGAGAGCUCGGGUUAUCAACACCAGGCUACCGAAUACCAGGCUAUCGCCAAGGGAGAUAUCUCCUCAUCCUCUGGCGUGGAGGCUAAGGCGGGUUUGACACAAGGUUACCCUGCUGCUACGACCCGUCCGGUCUCUGCUGGGCUACAUCCAGGUUCUGACCAGAGUGGACCAGGACCAGCUAACAAGACGGAUGUGAGGAGGAGUUCCAUCCCUCGUCCCAGAUUCAGCUCCAUCCCUACAGCCUCUGGUAACCCAGGGAGAAGGUCUGUGGGCUCUGGUCAGUUCUCCUCAACCACCUCCACAGCCAAACCAGCUGCUGACAGGAAGUCUGCAGGGAAUAAUAACAGUGAGCCCCAACCAGCUGGUGUACUGAGCAGGAGCAGCACAGAGAGUGGUGGGGCUGAACUAGGAGUAGUCCGUCCAACACCCAACAACACCCCAGCCCAGAAGAUAGAGGACCGCUCCGCAGCUCCUGCCCCAGGUCCUAAGACCUCCCCUGGUCUGAGGAAGGGUCAGUCAGGGCCGCUGUCCCUCAGAGACAUCACAUCGCCCUCCCAGAGAGCCAGGAGGACCACGGUGAAGACCGGGAGCAGUACAGCCCAGCAGGAGAAACCCGGUGGCCUGGAGGAGAGUGGUGGAGAAGCUCCUCUCGGCGCUGCGACCAGACAUGUUGGUUUUACUUCCUCCUGUCACAGCCCCCAGCCUGCUGCUGCACACAGGGUGGACGGUGCAUCUCCAGGUACUCCUCUGCAUCAUGCUGGAGGACCAGAGCAGAGCCAGUGUACCUUCAGACCCUCCACCUCUCCUCUCACCCACUCCUCCCCCUCACAGACCUCCUUCCCCAACCAAGAAGGGCCUGUGUGUCCCCCCUCCUCCAGUGUCGGGGACAGGAGACCCCCCAGUGAUCUCUCUCCUCCACAGUCCCAGUCCGAGUGGAGUUGUUCCAGUCCCAGUCUCAGCAGGCUGACGUACAUCUCUCUGAAUGACGGCACGGCUCUCGACAGCACCGGCAUCCCAACUCCUGACAGACACAAGAGUAAUGGCACCAUGUCUCUGAGCACCACUAUCAUCAGGGCCAGUCCCACCCCUGCAGUAGAAGGGGCUGAUACCCAGAAUCCUUCAGGUCAGGAUCUACCUCCUAACCGCUCUACAGACGUCCUCUGUCCUCCUAGACAGUCCAAGAGCCCAGAGUCUCCUCGCCGCUCUAACGGUCCUCGUAGUGGCUCGGUAGACUUGCGGAGUGGUUCAGGUCUGGGCUGUACACGCAGCCAGAGUGAGUGCAACUAUCACUGUGGGAAUAAUAGAGACUACAACCAGCAGAAACGCCACUCCGAACCCAACUCGCACCACCUCGCCAAGGUGGAUUCUGGUUACUCCAGCAACCUGAACAUCCAGCAGCCCAGCGGUAUGGGGGGCCAGGGGAACCAGCAGUGGUCCGGGGUCUCAGCCCAGGGGAGUGAGGUCUAUCCUGGGGCCAGGACGGGCUUCAGCCUGCCUUCCUCCGAGGACCUGUGCUACAUGCCCAUCUCCAGCUUCAAGCCCCAGGGCUCCAUGGUGGACCUGCAUCCAGGGGUCCCCAGCCUCCUGACGGGGCGCUCCCUCUUCAGCUCCCAGCUGGCACAGCAGAACCUGGGUUCAGAUGGAGCUCUACACCCUGGUCUCUCUCUGCCUGCUCCCUACCACCACAUGGCAGCAGCAGGGAACGGCCUGUACGGUCACGCUCUGUCCUCACGGUUAGGACCCAACGUUGAUCCCUCAGUCAGACACCUCCACAGCUCUGGGGGUCUGGGUGUCUCUGGGCCUGGUGGACCAGGAGGUCCUGGGGGUCUGUACCACUGCUCUAACCCCCACCUCAAACCCUUGGACCCAGGACUGAUGGAGGAGAACCCCUACAGCCAGCGCUGUGUAGCCUCGUGGUCUAACGGCAGCCUUCCCGAACUCGCAGCCCAGGUCGUGAUCCCUGAGGAGCUGAGGUUCCCCCAUGCCUGCUGUGUGGGCAUCUCCUCUCAGACCUCACUGGGCAUCUUCAACCCCUCCGAGCGCUGGCAGCAGGUCUCCAUCACAGUCACCAGCCUGGCCAUCGACGGAGAGAAGUUUGAUUCAUUCCCGUACCAGUGGCUGAUAGUGAAGAACAAGACUAUCAUUGGCCCUAAGAGCACGGAGGAGCAGAAGGUGCUGUUCAUCCCACCUCAGGCCGGGGUUUACCAGGCUGUCCUCAGUGUCUCGUCCUGGCCUGCCUCCGCUGAGGCCCAGGCUGCCUCCCGCGCCGAGGUGUUCGCCAAGAGGGUGGUCCUCGUCGCCAUGGCAGAGAACCCUGCUCUGGAGGUGGAUGUAGGGAAGUGUGGCGGUCUGGAUUUUGGGGACCUGGCAGGUGGCUGUGCCAAAGCUCUGCCUCUGAAGCUGCUGAACAGGACUCAUGCUACUGUUCCUGUUCGACUGGUUAUCAGUGCUAACGCCACGGCCUGGCGCUGCUUCACUUUCUCCAAGAGUCCCGUUGCCAUGACAGCUGAGGGCUUGCUGCAGGCGGGGACUCUGACCUCACUGGCCGCUCCGUCCGUCAUGAACCACGUGAUGCACGCCAGCUACGGAGAGAAUCCAGAGAGCUUCAUGGUUUGGGUUCACUUCCACGCUCCACAGAAGUACCAGUCCUGUUCAGGUGCUCUCGGUCCAGCGGAUGAAUACAGUGCGCGGGUGGACAUCGAGGUGGACUGUCCGGGCCCCAGUCAUGUGAUCAGGAGCGUCCCUCUCAGAGCCAGGUCCGGAACGGCCAGAGUACACGCCCCUAAAGACCUCCAGACUGUUAACCUCUCGGCAGCGAUUGGUCAGUCCAGCGAGCAGACUCUGCCUCUGAAGAACGCAGGCAACAUUGAUGUUCAGCUGAAACUCAAGAACAGCGGUGGUGAUGACUGUUUCUCUGUGAGUCCUGAGGAGCUGUGUCUGCGUGCCGGGGAGGAGCAAGGCAUUGUGGUCUCGUUCACCUCUCAGGGCGGCAGGAAGGACCGAGAGAGUGUCCUGACCAUCCUGGUGCUGCCGUCUGGUCCCCAGUACGAGGUGGUGCUGAAGGGACAGGUGGUACCAGAGGAGAGGGGUAACCCUGCUGCCGUACCCGGUCCUGCCUCUGCCCUGGGCUUGCUGCCCCCCAGUGAGGUGCCUCCCAUCCUCUCAAACAAGCAGUUGGUGGCCUGGGGAGGGGUCACGCUGGGCAGGGCUGUACAACAGAAGCUGGUUCUUCGUAACAACUCCCCCAACACAACACACCACCUGCGUCUGCUGAUCAGAGGACAAGAUCACAGCUGUUUCCAGCUCCAGAGUAGCUUUGGACAGGAGGAGAGGUUGACCAGACACAGAGAGCUGUCCAUCCGGCCCAGGGAGGAUGUUGUUGUCCACCUGCUGUUUGCCCCAACCCGGGUGGCCUGCGCCCUGUCCAAGCUGGAGAUCAAACAGUCUGGAGUACGACCCUCACAGCCUGGCAUCAAGUUCACUAUCCCCCUAUCAGGCUACGGAGGGACCAGUAACAUUGUUCUGGAAGACCACAGGAAGCGUUCAGACGGCUACGUGGCUAUGCUAAUGGGUGUGGCAGCAGGCCACGUCUCUAAGCUGUGUGUGUGUGUGAGAAACACUGGGUCCAGGGCUGCCUUCAUUAAGGCUGUUUCCUACUCUGACCUACACACACGCUCUGUCAUGGACUCCUCUGGCAUCAGCCUCUCUCCGUCUCAGUUCGUCCUGAAGGAGAGGACACAGGAGGUGAUCACGGUUCUGAUGAAGGUGACCCAGAGAGAGCAGACUCGGUGUCUGUCUGCUAAUGCCGUCCUGGCCACAGUCUGUCUCUUCUGUGGAGACGAGGUCUCGCGACAACAGUUCAGGAGGUUGCUGCUGUCGAAUCCCGAGGCCGGCAGGAAGAUCCUGUCCCAGAACAGUCUGUUGAAAGGACUCAACUUCAACGAGAGAUUCCUGGGGGAGGAGCAGGUCCUGGAGGCCUACGACCUGCCCCAGAGCCCCAACCAGGCCCAGCUGUUCUAUGGUAACCUGAGUAAGGUGGUGUUGUCAGUGCUGGGAAGCACAGAGACCUUGGACUCUGGAAGGAGCGGCCUCCAUGUCCAGCCCUCGUUAGCUGUCACCAGGAGAGGUUCGGAGGCUGACAGGUACUAGGGAGAAAUAUCAUAC